UUGUAAUAAUUAGAGGCGACAAUGAAAUCAUUGCAACAUACUCUGUUCAUUACUUUGGUUAUUCUUUCCCUAACUCCGACAUAUAAUGGUGUGGAAAUUAUCGGAGGCAAUGAGGUUAAGCCUCAUUCAAAACCUUAUAUGGCGUCUAUCCAAGUUUAUAACAGGCAACAGAAGAGUUUUAUCCAUUUUUGUGGAGGGGCUUUGAUCAGAAAUAGAUGGAUACUGACGGCAGCACACUGUGUACAGAAAGGGCGUGUUCAAGUUGUUCUUGGAGCACAUUCUCUGUCACAGAAUGAGAUAAGUCAACAAAAAAUUCAGGUCAAGAAGCAGAUCCCCCAUCAAGGGUUUAACAGAAAAUCUCCAGAAAAUGACAUCAUGCUACUUGAACUGUCCAGUGAAGCAAACAUCAACAAAUAUGUGAGUCUGCUGAAACUACCAAAUGGCAAGAAUCCAGAUGUGAAACCUGGAACUUUCUGCAAAGUGGCAGGAUGGGGAAUAACAGAUGAACACUCCAACUCUCCAUCUGACACACUUCAACAAGUGAAGCUGAAAGUAAUAGAUCGGGACAUAUGCAACAGUAAGGAUUAUUACAAUCAGAACCCUUUCGUAACCAAAGACAUGAUCUGUGCUGGUGACAGCAAAGGCAGAAGAGACUCAUGCAAGGGUGAUUCAGGUGGUCCUUUAAUUUGCAACAAGAAGUACAAAGGCAUUGUGUCAUAUGGUCGAGGAUGUGCAGAUCCCAAAAAGCCUGGAAUUUACACUCUCAUAUCAAAGAAAUAUCUUGACUGGAUUGCAAAAAUAAUUGGUGCACAUGCUUUCAAUAUGACCACUGUUGAGAGUGUUGAGAGUCCUACCAAUGUUUUGCUUUACCGUUAAUGAUCUGUGUUGAAAUGCUUUACUUUACAAAAGGACCAGCCUGCUUUUGUCCUUGUCUUAAGCUCAUUGUAUAAUGUUGAAUUACAGAAUAGAAUAAAAAAAACUGAAAUGUGAAGUUGUCAA